AUGGAACACUUGUUUCACCGCCAUCCGCUAACCCUAGAGGUGAACACCAAAGAAGGGUUCUUCAGUUGUUCUAAGUGUGAACGAGAAUCAUGUGGUUUCAUGUAUCAGUGCGAUCAAAAAGAAUGUGAGUUUAAGAUGGACGCGAAGUGUGCUUCCCUUGCUGAUCCAUUACACCACGGAGCGCACCAACACCCUCUCGCUCUAUACCACACAGGUGCAAGUUGUGACGAAUGCCGCUUCUACUUGGGGAUCAAAACCUUAAUUUUACCAAUAUUGGUAAAUUCCAAGCACGACACUCAUCCACUUACCAUAUGUUUCUCAAGAACAAUCGAACGGUAUAACACGCCAUGGUGUGAGAUCUGCGAAGCAAAAAUAAACCAGGAGUACCCGGGUUACCAGAAUCUCUACGGUUGCGCCGAGUGCAACACCACUCUGCAUGUUGAGUGCGCAAUGGGGAAGUACCCAUUUCUGAAACCUGGCCGUACGAUCAAAGUGAAUGGUUUUGAGAUUGAGAUUGCAUCCAACGGUCUUUCUCGGCAGGUUUGCCAUGCAUGUCACUGUCUCUGCCAAGACAAACUGGUUUUCAAGGAUACAAGAGACGCUGUCUCUUUCUGUUCCAUCAACUGUAUUAAACGAAUCGCUUAA